GUCCGGUGUGGUUAGUCAGCCCCACAGGUCAGUUAACUUAAAAGCUUGAUAGCAGAACUCGUCCGCUGCAACUUUAAAAGAGAGAGAAAGAGAGACAGAGAAAAGGGUAAGAAAGUGCAGGACUAUCCAGCAUAGCAUGACAGCCACGACAAUAGACAGUCAUGAAGCGAACUCUCCCCGGGGUGAGACUGGGGAGAAAAUAGCCAUUGCCACAGACAUAGUGGGCGAAGAAGCCAGGCUAAUUGAUCCCCAAGAGGCGAGGAGAGUCUUGUGGAAGAUCGACCUCUUUCUCAUACCGGCCAUGGUAAUUGGAUAUGGGCUGGUCUAUUAUGACAAGGCAAUCCUAGGAAGCGCCGCUCUGUUUGGCAUGACCAAGGAUCUCCAGCUCUCGGUCAAAGACGCUUCAGGUAAAACAGACACCUCGAGACUAAGCUGGGCUACGUCCCUCUUUUACUUCGGUCAGCUGGCUGGCUCCUAUCCCAUGACAUACAUCUUGCAGCAUUUCAAUACGCGAUAUGUCCUGGGACCGGCUGUGAUGAUCUGGGCUAUCAUAUGUGCGGCCACGGCCGGCGUAACUACGUGGCAGGGCCUUUUUGUGCAGCGCUUCUUUCUAGGCUUUACCGAGUCCGUCAUCCCAACUGCCUUUAUGACCACUAUCAGUGGAUACUACACUCAGUCGGAACAAGCACUGCGACAGAGCUGGUGGUUCUCGGGCACCGGUUGGUUCACGAUUAUUGGAGGCGCGAUGAACUACGGCUUCGCACAGAUCCGCGGCGCCCUAGCUCCCUGGCAGUAUAUUUAUAUCCUGGCUGGUGGAUUGACAUUCUUGUUCGGGAUCUGGUGCUUCUUUCUACCAAACUCGCCCGUGAAUGCUUGGUUCCUCAGUCCGGAUGAGCGAAUCGUGGCCAUAGAGCGGUUGAGGGCCGGACAGACUGGAGUAAAGAACCAUACGCUUAAACUAUCCCAGAUCAAAGAGGCGAUCUUCGACAUAAAACUCUGGCUGGUGGCGGUGACUAUGGCGGCUGCCUACACGGUGAAUGGCGCCGUUUCUGGUUUCGGGCCUCUCAUUGUUUCCACCUUCGGAUACUCCUCACUGGAGAGCAUCCUCUUCCAGUUCCCUCUUGGAGCAAUAUCGGGAGUUGGCAUCGUCCUAACGGGAUGGCUAUGCUCACGGUAUCGAAAUAUUCGGAUUAUAACCCUCCUUCUUUGCUGUCUCCCUGUCAUUGCGGGAUUUGCAAUCAUCUGGAAAUCAAGCUGGGGGUAUCAGCCUGCCGCCCCCGUCGCGGGUUAUUCGAUAACCGGAUUCUUCGGUCCUGUGGUCGGACUCACCGUUACGCUCGGAGCAAGCAAUGUCGCCGGCGAGACCAAGAAAAGUUUCAUGGCCUCCGCCGUCUUCGUCGCGUACUGCGUGGGCAAUAUUAUCGGGCCACAGUUGGUGCGGAGCCAGACGAAAGACCAGCAUUAUCCGGAGCUGUGGACGGGUUUGAUCAUUUGCUAUUGUAUAACCAUGCUGACUGCCUCGAUUCUAUGGGUGUUAUUGUCCCUGGAGAAUAAGAGGCGGGACAAGCUGGAAUUGAAUGAGGAGGAGCGUAACAGGCUCGCUUUCAAGGACUUGACGGACAAGGAGAAUCCGUACUUCAGAUACGUCUACUAGGAGCUAAUUGAUGAUGAGACACCGGCUGCAUAUUUGAAAUGGCAAUUUUUGUAUAGAGCACUUGUAGGGAUAGGCUCAAAUAUAGCCAAUAUAUACUCUAGACAGCAAGAAUAGCUCCCAGAAGC